AUACUUUACUCCGAGAACUUUGUAUUAGGGUGGGAGACUCAAACUGAAAUCGGAGGUUACUUACAUCACACCAACCCCUCUUGUCAAACACAAAGUUCAAAAUCGCAGAGGCUAGUAAUAUUGUCCUUACAUCAAUAUAUAUUUUCAAUUCAAUUUGUUAAGAAAGUCAUUGUCCAGUCGUGAAGCACAGAAUUCACAGAUCGGCGGCGAGUAAAAAAGAAAACACAAAAUAAAGAAAUGGAGAAAGAAAUGGAGGGAAAAAGCGAUACCGAUAAUCGGAGUACAAUAACGGUGAAUGUUAAGUUCAGCGGCCGAUCGUUGCCGGUGGAAAUCUCCGACGAGUCCACCGUCAAAGACCUCAAGUCUCUACUUCAACCUCUCACUAAUGUCCUCCCUCGCGGCCAAAAACUCAUCUUCAAAGGGAAAGUAUUGGUGGACGAAAUGACAUUGAAGUCCUCGGAGGUUGUAAAUGGUGCCAAGAUCAUGCUUAUGGCUUCCCAGGGCUUACACCAAGGGGAUGGACCAAUAAGAAAGGAAGCUUUCACAUUGCCCUCAAUGAGGAUGCCUGAAGCUACGAGACCGAAAAGAGACGUUCCUCAGGUUCCCAUUUUGAAGAGCCAACUUGAACGGUGGAAGGCUACUGGCGUCAUUGCUCUAUCAGAAUGCAAUCUGAAGGCCCUGCCUGGUGAAGUGCUGACUUGCGGACCUUCUGCAAGAGUUCUUGAUCUCAGCCACAACUUGAUACAACAUAUUCCAGCCGGGAUUAAUAACUUGAGUUCUCUUCAGAAAUUGAUCCUCAAUGGAAAUGAAAUUAUGGAUAAUUCCUUAAGCUGGGAAGGGCUAUCUUCUUUAAAAAGUCUUAUGGUUCUUUCUUUGAACCAAAACAACGUUGCAACACUGCCUCCUGAGAUUGGGGCUUUGACCAGUUUGAGACAGCUUUAUGUUGCACAUAACAAGUUAACAUGUCUCCCAUCUGAAAUAGGUCUGUUGACUGGCCUUGAGGUUUUGAAACUUAACAACAACAGGAUACCCAUUAUUCCGGAAAGUAUAGGGGGCUGUGCUUCUCUGAUUGAGGUUGAUCUUUCAUCUAAUCUUUUGGUGGAGUUGCCAGAAACAAUUGACAAACUAAAGGAUUUAAAGGCACUUUAUCUUAAAAACAACGGGCUCAAAUCCCUCCCUAGCAGCAUAUUCAAACUGUGCACCGAACUCUCAAUACUGGAUCUCCAUGGCACUGAAAUAACCAUGGAUGUUCUCCGCCAGCUUGAAGGAUGGGAAAAUUUUGAUGAGAGAAGACGCUCGAAACAUCAGAAGCAAUUGGAGUUCAGAGUGAUCAGCUCAGCCAAAUUUGAUGAAGGAGCUGAUAAAAGCUGAUAGGCCAGAACAUUGAAGACUAGUGAAUGAGAUGAAUUCCAGUUCAAUAUACCAAAAGUUUGCAAUUCUAUCGUGAUACAGUGAAAAUGUUUGGCGCAGUUCCAAGAAAACGAAUGAAAAUUUCUGAAGAGAUUUUAUUUUUACACGUAAAAUAAAUUAAACACAAGAGAUCUUAAAUUUAAGCCCAAGAGUUUUUUGUCAAA